AUGUACCAAUCAGCUGAAAGAUCACUUGGCACACUAGAGUUUACUUUAAUCUCCAGAACAAUAGAUUUCAUCACAACCACUACGACUGUCAUUCAUUUGGAUUUUCACAGUGUCAAGUCUUGCUAUGCGGCCUCUGUCUCUCGGCUCAACAAGCCUAAAAGUCAAUACUAGUUGAGCAAAGACCACGAAAAAAUACGCAGAUACAAAUUUGAAGUUAGAAAGACUAACGUAUUUUACAUCUUUUGGGUUUGAAGGAUAGUUUGCCAGGAUUGUUAGUUGUCUUUACCAGCGCUCUUUUGAAAGAAAUUCAAACAGACGAUGAAAACAGAAGAAAAUAGUGCCUACAAAAUUAACGCAAGGUCACUACAAUGAAAGUUGGUUGGAAGCUCGGUGUUUACCUUGUUGUAGCGUCAGCGGUUUGUCUGGUCGUCCUGGCAACAACAAUCUUGGCUGUGCGGGUCUACCUUAGCAGGAAAAGAAAGAAGACGAUUUGCAAUGGAAUCAUGAGUCAGCUUGGGAUCUCUCAGACGGCUCCUGACUUCACCAUCCCUCUGAUGUUACCAAUGCUCAUACAAGAUAGGUUGAGCUCCGAAGGGGAGGUAUUUGAUCCUGUUUCUGAUAACUGGCCGAUUGGGAUGGAUACGCCCUCGUUAGUACAGCCGGAUGGAGUCUUUGAAGACAGGGAGGGAGGGGAGGAGACCGCUGGCCCAGUAAUCAGACGACUCGAGUCUGUCAUGGACGUUUCUAUGUUUCCCGAACAACCAAGCUUCGAAAAAGGGCAAGAAGUCGGAGGACCCUGGAAGAGUUCACGAAGAGAAUCGUUAUUCUUUCCUUCUUUGUUUGGUACGCGAACUCGUAGCGCUGGUACAUCGACAACAUCCGGGGGGGAGAUGUCACUGCCUUCAUCACCCGGUAAACCAGAGAGACGCAGUACACAGCGCAAGAGAACAAUAUCAGACAGCUCAUCAACACGCAACGAACCAGGCAGUCCGAUUCGUCCACGAGUGUGGUCAGACAUGACCGCGACGAAGAAACCACAAAAGCCACAUCUGACCAAGAAAGUAAGCUUACCCGAAGGUGCCAUGAGUGCUAGGCCACAACUAAAGAAACGCUUCAGUGAGAUACACCGCCGACAGAAGUCCAGUGAUAGUAUAAUUGUUGGUGUUGGUAGUAAGCCAUCAGCGAAGGUACUACUCGCCACUAAACGAGGCAAUAUUGUCCUGACCAUGCGAUACAGUGGUGAAGAAAAUCAGUUCAUUGUUCAUUUGAUCAACGCGACCGAUUUACCAAUGAAAAAUAACAACUUGUUGGAUACGUUUGCUAGGCUGUACCUCGUCAUGCCGUCCAAGCAGUUGCGCCAGCAAAGCAAGCUGCACAAGAAGACUUGCAACCCAAUAUACGACGAGUCGUUCACAUUUGAGGACAUCGUUUACUCUGAACUGUUACAGUCUUAUUUGCGAAUCAAAAUUCUGCACAAAGAUGGCUUUUCUCGGGGAGAGAUGAUUGGAGAGUCGGCUAUUGAUCUCUCGGAGCAAGAAAUAUUGACAGGAAAAGUAUUACAACGGGCCCUGUUACCAAAAGCAACCAGCAUCACAGAGGAUGGGCCAGGAGAGCUUCUCGUGUCUGUUUGCCAUCACGCAACAAAGGCACAACUCAAAGUAGUUGUCAUUAAACUAAGAGAUUUACCCAAAUCAUGCAAGAAUUCCAGCAUCUCGGUUGAGUUGAUAUACCAAGACGAAACACUACAACGACAACAGACUCGCACAAAAAAGCCAAAGAAAAGUCCAAUCUUUAACGAAGAACUCAACUUCCACAUCCCAACCAACAGCUCCAACACAUUAGAGAAUUACAGUCUACAAUUUACAGUCUUUAGUCAAGAUAUCCUGAGGGGGAUGGUGUGCGUCGGUUAUGUGACCCUUGGUAUCGAUGCGCUGAGAGAGUCUGAGGUUCAUCAUUGGAAGGCAGUUGUGUCGUCACCACACAAGCCGGUGACAGGGCUGCACAAGCUCCAUAGAACACCAGUUUGAAUUGGUUCAGAAAAUAUUUCGCAAUAUAGCUCUUUCAAAUUUGAGACCACGUGUCAUUUCCUAGAGCAUCAUUUCUUUGUUUAAUGGUUGCACAUUAAUAUGGAUACAACAAUCUCAUUCUCAAGAGAAUGACACGUGGUAUGGAAAAUGGAAAACAUUACGUCCAAGGUAAAUAGGUCUAUCUUGUGAUAAAAUCUGGCUUUAAAUCAGAAAUUAAUGCAAUUUGACCCUUUAUAGACAAAAUUUCCCCUUCAAAUAUCACGAUAAUAGAAGUUCUUGUUUGAGCUGCGUUUCGUUUAAACUGAGAAAGAAAUAGCACUCAAGGUAAUGACAUGUGCGUGAAGAUGGGAAUAUAUUACGCUCAAAAGAAAGGGUUUCAUAAUUGACGAAGAGUGCAACGAGAACUCGUAAGUUAACCAGAAACAUAUAUGCCUGAUGGAUAACGUUUUUCGAAGAAAAGCGUUUCACUAAAAUCCCUUUUAAAAGGGAAAGUAGGCGAGCUAGUUCGGAUAAGAAAAGAAAGACUAAUUUAUUAUCAAUAAAAGAUAUUAUUAUAUUAUAUUAACUAUAUUUUUCUAUGAGUAAGAAAAGUUAACUAAAGAUAUUUAAAGCAAAGAAAGAGCGUAGUUAUAGAAUGUAAUGUAAUCAAGAUAUUUGUACAAGGAUGAAAAUAAAGUUCAAAAUAAAA